GGUGAACAGCUAAAAAAAAAACGAAAAAAAGCUCCCUAUGGACAGCUGACCCCGUUCCGCCGGCGGCCUCCUCCGGUUCUUGCUACGUGUAAUUCUGGGGGAAAAAUGGCAGAUAGAAAAAAUAACAAUGUUCCCAACAGCAGUGCCAAUUUAUUGUUCAGCGCCGCCCCGGAGUUUAACUUCAACCUGCCGUUCAUGCCCGUGAGCCAGGCCACCGGGCCGGCGGUGCUGUCAGGAGAAGAAGAUUCCACUGAUGUUGGAGAAGAAGACAGCUUCCUUGGUCAGACCUCUGGCGCUGCACCAGCAUCCUCCUCCACCUUCAACUACUUCUCCAGUCCGGCCACAACCUCCGACCCGUUCGCAUCCAUCGGCCAGUUGCCAUGCCCCCCAUCCGCCAUGUCCGCAGCAGCUGGACCCAUUUCUGUUCCCCACAGCAUCAGCAUGGCUCCAACUCCGCCGCCACCUUCUGUAGGCUCGCAGAUCAACUCGCCACCUCAGGUGUUCGGUGGCGCCGUUUACCAAAGCCCAGUGGGGCGCCACACUCCUCCCCCGACCGCCAUGACGCCGCCGCCCCCCCUGAUGCAACCGCAGGCUCACAACCCGUACCGCCACACCCCCAGCAGCAGCCGAGCCAGCCCCUACAUUCCAGCGCCGGAGAUCCUCCCGCCAACACACAUGCCGCCGCAGAUCCCCUACUCUGUCAGCGCGCCGCCGCAGAUGUUUCCCCCCCCAGGGCCGACGUUUACAACACCUCCUCCCUCACAUCUUCAGGCGGCUCCUCCUCCUCCGCCCACUGCCACCGCUGGCGCCGUCGUCCCUGCAGGUCCGAUGAUGCCGUACAACUACAACGUCUACGAACCGGUCCAGCCGCACUGGUUCUACUGCAAGCAAGUCGAGUCGAAGAGCGUCUGGUUUCCUUUGAGCAUCAUCGACUCGCUGCAGCUCGAGGAGACGUUCAACUCAGUCCAACCGGACCCAGAGAACGUGAUCGUCCGGACGGACGGCGGGCGCUACGACGUGCAGCUUUAUGACCGCAUGCGCAGCGCCGUGUACUGGGAGGAGGAGCCCACAGAGGUCCGGCGCUGCACCUGGUUCUACAAAGGCGACAAGGACAGCCGCUUCGUCCCGUACUCUGAGGAGUUCAGCGAGAAACUGGAGGCAGAAUAUAAAAAGGCCGUAUCAACAAACCAGUGGCAUCGCAGGCUAGAGUUUCCAUCCGGAGAAACGAUCGUCAUGCACAACCCAAAGGUCAUAGUUCAGUUCCAGCCUUCGUCCAACCCAGACGAGUGGGGCACCACUCAGGACGGGCAGACCAGGCCCAGGGUGGUGAAGAGAGGCGUUGAUGACGACCACGAUGAGGUGCCUGAUGGCGAGCUUCCCACGGUGGAUCAUCUGGUGUUCAUGGUCCACGGCAUCGGCCCGGUUUGCGACCUGAGGUUCAGGAGCAUGAUCGAGUGCGUGGACGACUUCCGGAGCGUUUCGCUGAAGCUGCUGCACAGCCACUUCAAGAAGUCGCUGGACGAACACGCCAUCAGCCGGGUGGAGUUCCUUCCUGUGCAGUGGCACACGGCUCUCCACGGAGACGCCACCGGGGUGGACAGGAGGAUUAAAAAGAUCACCCUGCCCAGCACUGGACGGUUGCGCCACUUCACCAACGAGACGCUGCUGGAUGUGCUUUUCUACAACAGUCCAACUUACUGCCAGACCAUCAUGGACACCGUGGCUCAGGAGAUCAACCGUCUCUACGCCUUGUUCCUGAAGAGGAACCCCAACUACAGGGGGGGAAUAUCGGUGGCCGGACACAGCCUGGGAUCCCUGAUUCUCUUCGAUCUGCUUUCCAACCAGAAAACCGUCUCUGCUGCGCCGCUGCUGCCAGCCGCGCCCGCCGUUAACGGAGAGGUGUCGGCUCCCGCUGCGGAGGAGCCGAGCAGAGAGGAAGAGGAGGAUCAGGAAGAGUUUGAGGAUCUGGCUGCUGUGCUGAAACAUCUGGGCCUCUCUGAGUACAAGAGCACCUUGGACCAGGAGAAGAUGGACAUCGAGUCUUUACUCAUGUGUACGAUGGAGGACCUGAAGGACAUGGGGAUCCCUCUGGGCCCGCGCAAAAAAAUCACCAAGUUUGUGAAAGAACGAGUCAGCAGACAGGCGGGACGCCAGCAGAGGAAAGCAGAAGCGAAGGAGGAGAGUCUGGCUGCAGUUCCCCAGCCUGCCGGUAGCGCCACCACCAAGCCACCAGUGGGCAGCACCGUGUCUUCAGUCCACGUGAACUACAACUACUUUGAAGUUGGAACUGGACAGGUGUCAGUGAUCUACCACAGCCUGGACUUUGAGCCGGUGAACUUCUUCGCCCUGGGUUCUCCGAUCGGGAUGUUCCUGACGGUCCGCGGCCUGGAGAAGAUCGACGAGGCGUACCAGCUGCCCACCUGCAAGGGAUUCUUCAACAUCUACCACCCGUUGGACCCGGUGGCGUACCGAAUCGAGCCGAUGAUCGUUCCAGAUUUGGACCUGAAGCCCGUUUUAAUCCCACAUUACAAAGGAAGGAAGAGGCUUCACCUCGAGCUGAAGGAGAGUCUGUCCCGGAUGGGCUCGGACCUGAAGCACGGCUUCAUGAGCUCGCUGCGCAGCGCCUGGCAGACGCUCAACGAGUUCGCCCGCGCCCACACCUCCUCCGCCCUGCAGGCCGAGCUCGCCAUCGUGGCCAAUCAGAUCGAGGAGGAGGAGCAGCACGUUCACGACGAGCAUAAAGUGGCUGAGAGCGCGGAGCUGCAGAGGGACGACGAGCCGCAGGUGAAGAUCGGGAUGCUGAACGGAGGGAAUCGGAUCGACUUCGUCCUGCAGGAGAAACCCAUCGAGAGCUUCAACGAAUAUCUGUUCGCCCUGCAGAGCCACCUCUGCUACUGGCAGUCUGAAGACACGGCGCUGCUUCUCCUGAAGGAAAUCUACAAAAUCGUUGGGAUCCAUCCGGAGCCGCUCGCUCAUUAAUGCUCCGAUUACUCAAUUCUGGUUUUCUAUUUUUAUUGAAGUAGCUUAUUGUACACAGAUGAGUAAUACGUUGGUAUUAUGCCAUUUGUCUUAAAUUAAGAAACAAACAAAUGAGUUGGUAGAAGCAGAGACACUUGACAGGGUUGAUAUUACAUUUUUAUAGCAAAUGUACAACAGGUGGCGGAACAAGAACAGCCAAUGCAGUCAGAUGUAAGUUAUUCAUGGACAAAUCGUCACAAUAAAUCCAUUUCUUGCUCAUUUGUUUUUAUUAUUCAGCUUUUGACGGUCAUGUGCCGUCGAGAGGAAGACGUUUAGUUUCUCCUGCCAAGCCAGGAAACUUUUAAGACAGCCUAAAAACGCUGCAGAACAAGCAAAAUGUAAAUAAUUACAGAACGCAACGCAGGAGCAACCUGGUAUAUUUAAGACAAUCAAAGCACCAGUUUAUGUAACAUCCUCUCAGCUUAAAACAAGCAGAACAGUUAAUAUAAUCCUCUGGAACCUGCAGGUUCAAUGUAAAGUCUGAAAUGUUUGAAACGUAUUUACAUGUAAGAGCGACUGGAACUACAGAUUUAGAGGGAAAACAGCAGCGUGAGCCGCAUGCUGGAGUUUAUCCUCCGAUUGGUCCAACGCAUUUAAACUCUGACACAAUCCAACAAUAAAAAACACAAAAUGUUCCCUUUUUAUCCACACAGUCAGUCUGAACAAAAACCAACAUUUUUCUAGUAAUUCUCUGUAAAUAAAUCAAGAGGUUCUUCAUCAGAGGCCGACGCUACGAAGAAACAUUUCUAUCCACAUUUUAGUGCAAAUUGACCUUGUGGAUUAAAAAUAAUCUGCCACAAAUACAAACUUAUGCACCAAAUUAUUUUUAUCAGUUUAGUCCUUCAAUUAACUGGUAAAUAUUCCUUAAAGAUCCCAAAGCAAGCGGUAAACAAAUCUAUGACGAGUUCAGGUAACCAACAUCGAGUCUUCUGAAAGCUUCAGGCCAGACUAAGAAAAAGAUGUAAUUAGAAAAUAGUCGUAAUAUUGUGAGAAAAAAGAGCCAUAUUACAAGAAACAAAGUUAGUGUUAAAAGAACAAAGUCGGAAUAAUGCGAGAAAAAUAAAGUUGUGCGAGAAUGAAGUCAAAAUAAUAUGAAAAAAGUCACAUUUCAAGAGUCAUUAACAGAAAAAUGUCGAACGAGAAUUAAAUCGUUU